AUGACUCAGGGGGCUGACGAUGCCAGAGAUCCACAAUCGGGUGCUGAUUCAAUUUUACAUCAAGUCUAUGAUGAAAAGUUGGAAAAUGGCCAGUUCUACCAUGGGAAAAAGAUGCCUUAUGAAAUAAAACCUGAAGUUAGUGGUGAAACAGCCCAAAUAUUUGAAAUAAAUCACUUAGAAGAAAUAUUAAAUAAUGCUCAUAUUUGUGAUGGAGGAAGAUUGAAAUUUGUACGUGAUAUUGAAAUACGAAUAUACACAGCUUCUACUAUAUCUGGUGUUGGUUAUAAUUCAAUCGAUUAUCUAAUGUCCAUGUUAUGUUUCAGACCUGGGCAAAAUGCUCGAAAUAAAAGUGAAGAUGAAAUAAUGGAACAUAUGAGAAAAAAAUGUUUGGCAUCAUUUUUUCAUCAUAUAAAAUCACCAGAUCGAAAUAAACAGCAUGAACAUUGUCCUGAUGGACUCAAUAGUUGGUGUGCAUAUAAACGUAGUUUACUUGAUCCAGAAUACAAAUCAAUUGAUGAAAAAAAACAAGAAUUAUGUCUUGAUCCCAUAUUUAGUCAAAUUUUAGAUAAAAUGAUAAAUGAUCUUACAAAUUCAGAAUUAUUGCGUCGCUGUGUCAAAGGAUUGACUCAAAAUAGUAACGAAUCAAUAAACUUUAUUGUCUGGUCGAUUAUUGCUAAAAAUAAAUAUCAUAAUUAUACUUCUAUACGUGGUGCUGCUGCUACUGCUGUUAUUAUUUUUAACAGUGGUCAAUGUGGAUUACUAGAAUUUUUAGAAACAACUGGCAUAAAAAUUAACCCAUCUUUGUUAUACGGUACAUUAGGAAAAGAUGAUAAAAGAAUUGAAAAAGCUGAUGCUGCUAUAAUGCAACAACAAAAAAUAAAGCAACAAAAAGAAAAACAACGUCAACAAUCAAUUGCUGCGGAAAUAGCUACACAAGAAUAUUAUCCUGGUUUACACUAA